UUAUUAAAUUUUAUAAAUAUGUAUUGUAUAAAUGGUGAAUCCGCGCUCAGUGUCAUUUAAGCUGUUUGGCUUACCUAAAAGGUGCUUAGCUGUUAUUUUCAUUGCGGAUUUUCCCACUCUUCCCACAGCUUGUGAGGGACACGCGAUGCCGCACGGAGAUGUUUCACUUCAAUGCCGAGGGCGACGAGCUGUUGACGAGCUCCGAAUAUUUUUGUGGCACUGGCAAAUUCGAGCGGCAAAGUUUUCUGAAUCGUGCUGUGAUUUCCUACAUCUCGCAGAGGAAGGAGGCGUCUCCAGCUACUGCUGCUGCUGGUGGUGUCCUGGUGCCAAAGUUAAAGGAUAAGCUGCCAGCGCAAAUCACAAGUGCCAGCAGCACAAUCACGAGUACGACAAGUACAACAACUACACAGGCACCUCCAGUUGAGCAGGUGGAAGUUGGAGAAGAGGAUGAGAAGCAAGCCGAUUCGGAGGAGCAGGAGGAGGAUGAUGAGUUUUCAAACGAGGUGCUACACGUGCUGCAGGAUGUGGGCGUGAGCGAUGCCUUGGCUUACGUCGCCUCGCUGCUCUUCGAUGAGUCCAACAAUGGUCGUCGAAUUGGCAGCACGCCCGCGCCAACUAACUUGGCCCAAUUGCUGCGCCAGAAGUCGGUAAAAAGGCGCACUCCAAAGACUUCCGCAAAACGUGCCAAAAUUUUAUCCAUUUAUCCACUUGGCACUCAAAGCGGAGGUGGGCGUUUCUCUUGCCUCGUCGAAGCCAUUUUACCUCAGUGUAACUGCGGCUGGAGUCUCACACAGCGCAUCGCCAGUCCAACAAAUGACGAGGCUUCACUUCACGAGUUUCCCUCCAUGGCAGGUGUGCUGACCAAGAAGCUGGGCAGAGUCUUUUGUGGUGCUGCGAUCAUUCAUCAUCAUUAUCUGCUGUCUGCCGCACACUGUUUCCUCAGUGCCGAGACGAGUCAAGCUGCUCUGCUACGUAUUGUGGUUGGGGAGCACGAUUUGUCCACCGCCUACGAGACGCUCUUCACCCGUCACUACGAUCUAGAUGCCUUGAUCCUGCAUGAACAGUUCAGCCAAUCGAAUGGACAGCUUCGGAAUGAUAUUGCUUUGCUGCGCACUCGCUUGCCCAUCUUGUGGAAUCGCAGUGUUGGACCCGCUUGUCUGCCCCUGCAACCAGCUGAGAAUGGCAAGAAGUUGCCUCUGGUGGGUCAGCAGCUCUUGGCAGCCGGUUGGGGCACCACAUCCUAUGGCGGACCACAGACUGCGCGUCUGCUGAAGACAACGUUGGAUGUGAUCGGCACCGAGCAGUGUCGCAGUUCAUUGAGCGAGGGUUCGGUGCCGUUGCACAGUUUCUGCACUUAUACGCCGGGCAGGGAUACGUGUCAGUAUGACUCGGGAGGAGCUCUGUAUGAGCGAAGUCAUGGGCGUCUGAUGGCUGUGGGCAUUGUUAGCUAUGGCUAUGCGUGCGCCACUCAACAGCCAUCGGUGAAUACACGAGUUGCCUCGUUCAUCAAGUGGAUCAGAGCGAAGACACCUGAGGUGGCGUAUUGUGCAAAGCAGACAUGAAACGAGGUAUCGAUUAUGUAGCAUACUUAUCAAGUGUCAAGUGGGUGUCAAGAUUGUCGCUUCGCAUCGACGCUUCCGCAAUUGAAACAUCAUUCAAUUCCAGUCAUCAAUGAUGCAUGGAAAUCUUUCGCCUCGCUGGCUCAACGCUUCCCCCAGUUUGCAAUUAAGCGCAAAUGUCAACUAAUUAACCUCAACGCAGCGCUUUUUCUAUCUCUGUCAAUAACGAUACUGACUGUUAUUUAUCUAAAGGUUUUUUUUUUAGGGCUGUGCAUUUGCUUGCUCUUUUUGCUGUCUGUGUUGUCUGUUGUCGUCUUCUUUUCAAAUAAAUAAUUAAACGUUUGGCAUAACAUAUGAAUCAUGC